GUUUAUCUUUCGGGCUAUUUGUAAAUACAUCAACCAUGAUAUAUCCCAGCUUUCAUUAAAUAGUUCUUGCUAUUUGCUUGUUGAAUCUCCAACAUGCAGAGCUUUUGAGAGAGAACCUUCAGUAGCUAAAGUAAUAUUUGUUGUUGUUUAUUUGUAUUUUCUCAGAUUCUGGGAUAUUUCUCAUCUAUAACAGUGGUCUGCAGAGCUGCUUGGAAACAAAGGACUCUUUGGUGAAAAUUUCUAAGAUCUGUAAUGCAAGUCUUCAUGCUCAGAAGUGGAAAUGGGUUUCCAGGAAUCGGCUUUUCAACAUCGGAAACAUGCAGUGCUUGGGAGUCUCUUGGAAAUCUGCAAACAGCAGUGCCACCACCCAUGCAUUGGCCACUUAUGAAUGUGACCGUGAAUCCGUUAACAUGCGGUGGAAUUGUCGGAGUCUAGGGGACCAGCUUUCCCAGUAUUUGAGCUCGAGGUUGGGGAACUGGUCAUUGACACCAGCUGAGAGAGGUGACCAGGCUCAUGGAGGCCAAUGGAAGAUCUAUGGCCAGGAUGAAGAUUUGUGCUCCAGGCCAUACUCUGAAAUUUACACUAUUCAAGGCAACUCUCAUGGAAAGCCCUGCACCAUCCCCUUCAAGUACGAUAAUCUGUGGUUUCAUGACUGUACAAAUAUGGGACGUGGAGAUGGUCAUCUCUGGUGUGCCACCACACAGGAUUAUGGCAAAGAUGAGAGAUGGGGAUUCUGCCCCAUUAAGAGCAAUGACUGUGAUACAUUUUGGGAUAGAGACCAACUCACCAAUAGCUGCUAUCAGUUUAACUUCCAGUCCACCCUGUCUUGGCAGGAGGCCGGAAAGAGCUGUGAGCAGCAGGGAGCCAGCUUGCUUAGUAUCACUGCAAUUCAUGAACAGACCUACAUCAAUGGACUGCUGACAGGAUAUGGUUCCACACUCUGGAUUGGGCUUAAUGAUUUGGACCUCAAUGGGGGCUGGCAGUGGUCUGAUAAUUCCCCCUUGAAGUUCCUCAAUUGGGAAAAUGGUAAGCUGGACCCAGAGACUGAAAACUGA